AUGUCCCAGAGGCAGCAAGCUAAAACAGCUAAGGCCGAUCGAGCAUCUUUCUUCCUAGCAAAGCCAACCACAGCACUGUCACAAGAAGGCUGCAGCCUGACCAAAGAUGGUGGCGACCCACGCCCGGAGGAGGGUCCCCCUUCAUCUCCGACAUCCUCGGAUGUUGGACCUGAUGACAGGCCGCUCACGGUGGCAAACAUGAAGAAGCUGCUGGCAGAACUUACCGAGAAUAUCCAAAGGAAUAUGGCUGCACAGAUACAAACCCUUACAACAGACCUCUGUAAGGAGAUACUUGAAGUAGGCCAACACACUGCACAAGCCGAAAAGCGGAUGGACGAGUUCUUAGAGGCACACAACAGCCUCGCAUAUAAGCUGCAAGAAAUGGACUUCAACCUCCAUGACCACACGCUGAUAAUGGCCGACGUGGAGGACUGGUCGAGAUACAAAAAUUUGUGGAUACGUGGCAUCCCAGAGACGGUCCUGAACUCGACCCUCAACACCUGCUUGCUGGACCUGUUCCACGCAUUGACACCAGAGACCCACCCGGUCCAGCUCAUCAUAGAUCGGGCGCACCGGCUGAGGAGACCUAAACGCCUCCCAAACUCGACUGCGAGGGAUGUCAUCGUUAGAGUACACUUCUACCACACAAAAGAAAGGUUGGUCAGAGCUUCCUGAUCCCCAGGCUUCCCUUACCAAGAUCUCAAAAUCUCCACAGAUUUAUCGUCGGGGACUCUCCAAUUCCGCAAAAGUCUGACACUCCUCACGACCACAUUGCGUACACAAGGAAUUGCCUACCGCUGGGGAUACCCAGCAAAAUUGCUAAUUCACUACCAGGACGCUCUGCAUGGAAUUGAUUCAUUAUCAGCGGGCAAAGAGAAAUUUAAAAUCUGGGGACUGACAUUAACAGAGUCAGGAGAAAGGAAUAUGGCGAAGAUAUCUAGGAUGUCCCCGGAGUGGACACCAGCCUGA